AUGUUUAUCGUUUCACCGUCACGUGGUGCGUGAACUGUGAAGUUUUCCCCUGCUAAUGUUUUGCUUAACAAGUACUCACGAAAAAAAAAAAGUAUUUAAGUGCUUAAAAAAGAGGAAUUUCUUUUAAUUUACUAUGCACUUAAUAAGUGCAUGAUAUUGUUUUUGUAUUUUUACCAAAGAUAAAACAAAAAAAUUACUAUGAUUUUUGAAGGCUGUAGUAGUUUUCGUACCAGAAUAAUUUUAUCACUCCUAAGUGGCAAACCAGUAAAAAUUCGGAACAUUCGUUCACGAGACAAUGAACCGGGUCUUAAAGAAUUCGAAGUCAACUUUCUCCGUUUGGUCGACAAAAUCACUAACGGCACCUCGUUGGACGUUAACGAAACCGGUACAGAUUUGUACUUUCAACCGGGCCUAUUAAUCGGCGGUUCAAUUAGUCACGAGUGUUGUAAAUUACGUGGAAUAGGAUAUUAUUUGGAAUUAAUCAUUAUGGUUGCUCCUUAUUGUAAGAAAGGAAUUCAAAUUACACUCAAAGGGGUGACUAAUAACGAGAAAGAUCCGUCUGUCGAUUCUUUUAAAGCGGCAGCGUUACCUAUUUUACAAAGAAUAUUGUUGGCGGCGACCGAUGCCAGUAUGGAAAUCAAAAAACGUGGAAUGGAGCCCGAAGGAGGUGGUGAAAUAUAUUUUUCGUGUGAACCCGUUAAAUACACCAAGCCAAUUCAAUUAACCGACUUUGGAAAAAUCAAAAAAAUUCGCGGGACUUUUUUUUCAUUAAGAGUGUCGCCGACGAUCGCCAACCGAAUGGUGGAAAAAGCCAAAGCGAACAUGAUCAAAUAUAUCCCAGACGUAUAUUUCACUGUAGAUCAUCCCAAAGGGAAACUCUGCGGCAAGUCACCGGGUUUUGGUGCCAAUAUAGUAGCGUUGACGACAACUGGUGUAACAUUGUGUGCGGACAGCGUUUCAUUACCGUUCAGUGGUCAAAGAACGACCGCAGAAGAAAUUGCAGAAAACGUCUCCUCUGCCACGCUAGAGGAAAUAUGGCGAGGAGGAUGCGUCGAUUCGUCAUUUCAAUCGUUAGUACUAAUUUAUAUGACACUUCGUCAGAAGGACGUGUCCCACGUGGUCUUAGGGCCGUUAUCACCGUACACGAUACAGUUUUUGAGGCACUUGAAAGAAUUUUUCGGUAUUUCGUUCAAGCUAGAACCUUACAGUGAUAAUAAAGAAGACGAAGAAUUACGUCAAGGUUACGAUUCUAAAAUUCUAGUUACGGGCGUUGGUAUUGGUUAUAGUAAACUUGUUUAACACGCCUAAUAAAAAAUGUUGUUUUUUAA